AUAAAACUCAAAAGUCUUGUAUUUGUGCUUGUUUUUUGUUUCGUCCCGUGCUGUCAAACAAUGUUUAAUGUGUGCCGUCUGUGUCUAGCAAGCGACGCCACCUUUUCGAUUUUCAAUGGGCAAACCGCCGUAAGGAUAAUGGCUUGCACUGCUGUCGAGGUGCAGCCUAACGAUGAUCUGCCUCAGCGCAUCUGUGCGGUAUGCCGUUUGCGAGUCGAGGAGUACUAUGCCUUUCGCAAACGCUGCCACGCCGCGGAUAGAAGGCUGCGGCGUAACAAGGUGCUGCAGAGCCAGGACCCGAAUGGCACGCUGGUAGACAAUUUGGUGGCCGCCGAGGAGGAGUUUGAGUUGCACGAUGUGGCGGGCUGCACAGCCACAGCCUGCUCCGAGAGCAGCGCUCAGUGGCGCAUGCAGACGGCUGAACUUAUCCGGACCGAAAUCGAUUCCUACAAAAAGCAGCUGCUCAGCGUAUGCAAGCUGGAAGUGCGCACGGAGAUCGAACAAGAGGUGCGCCAGGAAGUGGAGGAGCUAGUUGUGGAAGACGCGAAGAAGAAGUGCCGCAUCAGCGUCCUGGAUGAUGUGUUCUAUGAGAUGCAGCGAUUCUUCCUACGCAAACGCAACGAGACACUCUACGGCAAUGUCAAUGACUCCGAGAGCUACUGCUCCGACUCGGAGACACUGCAGCCGGUAAGCGUUACGUCCGUGUGUCAGGGGAUUGCGGUUGAAGGAUCCGACUUUUACGAAGCUGAAGCUCAGCCCGGGGCAGUGGCUAUCAAGCGCGUUGAGGAGGCCAUGGAAGAUGCCAAUGUGAGCAUUGUGGAUCUUCUAGAUGAUGAUCCAGAUCCGAAAACUCCUUCGAACACAGCACCAGCCACAGCUCCUAGACAAAUUGUGCCAGUGACCAUGGUGGAAAUACCCAUGACGGGUACAGAAUUGAAUCACUUGCGAGAAGAUUUCAGCACCGAUACGUUCCUGUCUUUUGGACCUACCACUGAAGUAACCAAGCCGAAGCCUCCAUCUCUCAAGAAAGUUCGUUUCGAAACUCCGAAAAAGAUAAAAGAUAGCCCACGCCGGAAGGAGCGUGGCAUAUUGUGUCGCAAGCACAGCCAACGGUACGACUCGGCAGCCGUGGACCCUGUUAACUGUGUGCGCUGUCGUCUUAGAUGCGGUGAUAGGCGUCAUUCGACCGUGUCGUAGCAUCGGCCGCAAUAAUGACCAUAACUAUAUGUAUCCAUAUGUGUAUGUGUUUUUUAAUAGUUAUACUUGUCAAGCUUGCUAUGAUUGUCAUAAG